AUGGAAUACAAAAAAGAUCAACCAAUAAAGCAUCAAAGAAUUAUUGAAGUGAGUUUCUUCUUACCUGCAAGAGAUCAGAUACUUAUAUGUUGUGAUGGGUCCUCUAGGGGCAAUCCAGGUGCAGCAGGAUAUGGUUUUGUGUGCAGAGAUGAAAUGGGAUGUUGUAUAUAUGUUGAAGCUACUGGCCUGGGAAUUGCAACUAAUUACAUUGCAGAACUAAUGGCUAUUACAGGUGCAGCUGAAUGGGCUAUACAGAACAACAAACUUAAUGUAUGCUUUAACUCUGAUUCUAAAGCAGCAGUGAGUGCAUACAUAUCAGGAAGGCUGCCUUGGUUCAUGCAGGUAAGAUGGAAGAGAUUAAAGGAACUAUUGCAUAAUAUCAAAUUUGUACAUAGCUUGAGAGAAGUGAAUUUCUCUGAUGACUCCAUGGAAAAGAAGGGUGCAAGAUUGGUGAGAGGGGAGAAGAUCAUUUUCAACUCAAAACCAAGUUUCAUCCCAGCUUUGGAAUCUCCUGAGCAAAUAUACUAUAGGUUUUGCUAG